CAGCCAGAACGGAGCGUUCAACUCGGCAUGCCGAAAUUGGUCUGUUGCAAUCCCGACCCUCCCCAUCGUCCGAUUUUGGAACUGGCCUGUUUUUCCUCGGACGAAGGGCAUGGCUAGAUCCCUGCAUGUCUGGUGGAUCGAGACACAUUUUAAGAUGCUGCGGAUCCUCCUGCCCCUCCUCCUAUUCCAGGUGUCUGGGCUCUUUGCCUCUACAAGUGCCACUUGGACCACUGAAGAGCCCAUCCAUCACCAGUAUGCCCGACUCGGGGCCUCCACGGUGGUCUUGUCUUGCCCUGUUCCGGAAGGCAGAUCCCAGGUGAGAUGGAAAAACCACAUUACCUCGGAGACAGUCUUGAACGGGGUGCAGAGAGACGGCAGCCUCGUCUUGCAGAAUGCCAGUUUGGCCCAGGAAGGGGAAUACAGCUGCCAGGAUGGCACCACAGGGCAGACCCUGCGAAGGAUUCGUCUCCAGUUGGGCUAUCCUCCUGAGAAGCUAUCGAUCCACUGCAGAUCCAUUAGCUACCCGUCGGUCAAUUGCGCCUGGACUUUGGAAACUGACACCCGUCUGCCCACAUCUUUCUUUGCCAGCUACAGGUGAAGAGCAAAGGUGUUGCAGGAGCCGAUGUGCCCAGGUGUUAUUUAAAAAAAGCAGUAAAAGUCUUAGAACAGGGCUGAAGAUGGAACUUUUCAGGAAAACCUUGGAGGCGUGAUGGGUUGUGUUUGGGUUUUUAAUUGUAUUUAUAUUUUUGGUUGA